CGCCGGGGUCGGUGAAGGUGAGUUGGGGUCGAAGCUUUGCUUAAACUUUACUCCUAGCACUCACCUGCUUUAGCCAUUGCAUUCUCCUCUCCCGGCCUUCUCCGUAGCUCCCAGGCCUCUGCCACCCAGGGUGUACUCCUGGGUCUCUGCUGUGUGCCUCCGGGAAGGCCAGUACUUCCCGGGCCCUGACUCCACCUGUCAGAAGGGAGCCAGGGACAUGGUUCUAAGAUGGCUGGACGAAAGCUUGCUCUGAAAACUAUUGAUUGGGUAGCAUUUGGGGAGAUCAUCCCUAAAAACCAGAAAGCCAUUGCUAAUGCUUUGAAAUCCCAAAAUGAAUUUCUUACUACCAGAUUGGCUGCCUUGUCCGAGAAGCCGCAAGUGAUCAACUGGGCUUUUUACAAGCAAAAUGUUGCCAAGCCUGGUCUUGUAGAAGAUUUUGAGAAGAAGUUCAAUGACUUGAAGAUACCCAUACCAGAAGAUAAAUUCACUUCCCUAGUGGAUGCUGAAGAAAAGGAAGAUGUGAAAAUUGGUGCUGAGUUUGUGAAAGCUUCAAAUGCUAGGAUUGUAGAACUUCAGAAGGAGCUGGAAAAGAUCAGGAAUAUAAUUCCUUUUGAACAGAUGACCAUUGAGGAUUUGAAUGAAGCUUUCCCUCAAACCAAACUGGACAAGAAGAAUUAUCCUUAUUGGCCCCACCAGCCAAUUGAGAACCUUUAAAAUUGGAUCUCAGAGGAAGCUGUGACCUUCCUGUCAUAUGCUCUUGAAAUUUCAAAUAAAGCAAUUGUACAGCCUUA